AAAUUAAAAAUCAAAAAAAAAAAAAACACGUAGAGGUUGUGAAUGAAGCUGAAGAUUUCGAUGGGACGAGUUGGGUCGGGUCGGAUAUCCAAACUCCGUUGCUGGGAUUGGUGUAAGGAGCAAAGAACGCGUGUUUAUAUCAUUUGGAGGUGUUUGCUUUUCUUGUUACAAUGGGAAGACUAAAGAUCGAACAAGAAUAGUUAUCAAUCUAAACGAUUAAUUCCACACUCGGUUUACAAAGUGGAAGAAAACCAAUGGAGAUUUGUUUUGUUCGUCUUUAGGAGAAUAAACGUGUAUGUCGUUUUAUCUGG